AUGGCCCUAGCCCGCUCCUUCUUCUCCGCCCUCUGCGCCGGCGAGCCCACCCGCGUGCCCCAGUACGACAAGUCCGCCUUCUCGGGCCUCGGCGACCGCGCCCCGGAGUCGCAGUGGGUCGCCGUCAACGGGCCCGACCAGGCCCGGGUGCAGGUCGUCAUCAUCGAAGGGUGGUGCGUCGGCUUCCGCGCCGCCGCGCCCGCGGACGUCGAGGCGAAAUGGCGCGCCCCCGGCAGCCGCACGCUGCACGCCCACAAGCUCGAGCACCUCUUCUUCGUCAACGACCGGCUGCGCGGGUACGACGCCGUGACGGACCUGCUCGACGCCUUUGUCCACGUCGACGCCGAGGACACCGAGUACGUGUACGACUGGCGCCUGCAGCAGGAGGCGCAGCUGCGCAGGGAGAGGGGCGCCGGCAUGACCGACGAGCAGGUCGUCAAGUUCGUCGACGCCUACUACCCGGCGUACGAGCUCUACUCGGACGCGCUGAGGCAAGGCCUCUUUCCCGACCGGAAAGGCGAUCACCUGAGGCUGGUUGUGGGCAAAGACAGGAGUGUGCAGGACAAGAUGAUUCUGUAG